GAGCCGAGACAAAGCCAGCAGCUGUGGACAUCAUGGAAACGACUAUGAAAGGAGACCGAAUCCCCCGUCUCCUUAAGCACACUUGGCGACGGGCCGUUCCUCUCGCAUCCUUCGCAUCCUUCCGCUUCCCAUCGUCUCGAUCACCAUGAAGUACUCUCUCAUCGCGUCUCUGAUCCUCCAGAGCACUGUCGUGCUCGGAGAGUUGCUCCCUGUAUACCUGCAGGGACCCACGCCUGAGAGCUUCAGGGACAUUGUUCGCAAUGACACUCUUGACUUUGGUUGCAGGGCAGUUGCCAAGCCCAGUGAGGAUGGAAGCCACUACAAGCUCCACGCUUGGCUCACCGAGGAGCAGAUUGACUAUCUCUCCAAGGAAUACGAGCUUGUGCCCGAGGUCUCUAUCCACAGGAGAGACUUGAGCAAGAGAGCCAACGCACCCAUCGGCACCGGCGACCGCUUCAGCGCGGGAACCAUCUCCCCUGUCGGUCUCGGAACCCAGGCUUCAGGCACCACCAUCUCCAGCAUUAUGAACGUUGCCGAGAUCAAGUCGGCCUGCGACGCCCUCGUCAAGAACUACGGCAUUGGAUCCGUCACCCUGCCUUACAAGACUUUCAACGGCGCCACUGAGUACGCCUACUACGUCGGCGCCGGAACCGACAAGUCAAAGUACCACCUGUACUUCAGCGCCGCCGUCCAUGCCCGCGAACGCGGUGGACCCGACAACAUCAUCUACUGGAUCUCCGAUUUGCUCGCCGCCAACAAGUCUGGCAGCGGCUUGACCUACGGCAAGAAGACCUACACCAACGCCCAGGUCAAGAGCGUCCUCGCCGCCGGUAUCGUCUUCUUCCCACUCGUGAACGCCGAUGGUGUCGCCUACGACCAGUCUUCCGGCUCUCUCUGGCGCAAGAACAGGAACACCAAGUCCGGCUCCAGCGGCAGCUCCAUCGGUGUUGACAUCAACCGCAACUUUGACUUCCUCUGGAACUUCAAGAAGUACUUUGACUCCUCCGAGGCGCCCGCCUCCACCUCACCCAGCUCUGAGGUGUUCUACGGCACCGCCGCCGAGUCCGAGCCCGAGACCAAGAACCUCGUCUCCGUUUACGACUCCUUCCCCAAGAUCCGCUGGUUUAUGGACAUCCACUCCGCCGUCGGCGACCUCCUCUACAGCUGGGGUGACGACGACGACCAGACCACCACCACUACCAUGAACUUCCUCAACUCCGCCUACGACGGCAAGCGCGGCCCCGUCGGCGACUCCGCUUACAAGGAAUACAUCCCCUCCACCGAUCUCAGCAACAUCAGAACCGUCGGUACAGCCAUGGUCAACGCCAUGAAGGCUGUCGGCGGCCGUGCCUACACCUCUAUCCAGGCCGUUGGGUUGUACCCCACGUCCGGUGCCAGUGACGACUACUCCUUCUCCCGCUUCUGGGCCAAGCCCGGUGUUAACAAGGUCUACGGUUACACCUUGGAGUUCGGCCCCUCUGGUAACUUCUACCCGACCUCAGCUGAGUUCAACACCAACAUUCUGGACACAAACGCUGGCUUCAUGGAUUACUCGCUGGCUGCCAUUAGCGUUGGUCUUGAGUAGAUGAUGUGAUGAUCAUCAUGGAAUUCUUCUUGUACAUAUUUUAAACACCAUGAUGUUGAGGCACAGGGGGUGCACGCACAUACUGCAUGAAAGCUGUUGUCUAUGAUUAUUACGCACUUUAACGACUUGUAAGUCAUGACCAUGAAUAUUCUUGCUUUGAGAACUGAGAUACGAGCGUCCGGACCGAGAAAACAACGGCCAAUGUGACGUGUUGCUUUUGCAGAAUGUGGAUGAGUCAAUCAAAGCCGUGGAAACAGUCAGCAUGCGUUGAUUGUCCACAUAGUCUGCUGACCUCUUAAUUCUUGGAAGGUGAGAUGGCCAGCCUCUCGAACAGAAGUUUCCGUACACCAAAAGCUGGAAAGAUUCACUUCAUUAGCUGCUUACUGAAUGUAUCGUAGAACCCUGGAAAUUGUGUGCUUUGUGAAU